AUGUUGAGAGCAUUCACUAGAUCAUUCUCGUCUACCAUUCCAAAAAAGAACUUUGCAAAUGGCCAAUUGUUUGGUAGAGUUGGAAACGUGGACUUUAAAGAGUCAGCAAAUGGAGUUAAAUAUGUCAGAUACUCCUUAGCUGUUAACAAAUUCAGAAAAGGUGAAGAAGCACUCACUGAUUGGUACAACAUCACAAUUUUUGACGAAGAGGAAUUGCAAAGAGCAGAGAAGGCUUUGAGAGUUGGAAACAAGAUGAUUGUUGACGUUACGUUAAGACUUGACAAGUUUGAAGAUCCCGAAACAAAGAAAAUUCAAACAAGAACCUCUCUUAUUCAAAAACAUGCCGAAAUUGUACAGUGGGGUAAAAGACCAGACGAGGAUAGAGCUGAAGCCACAGAGUAA